AUGGGUUCAGUGAAGAAACUAGCCAAGAAGGUGAAGUUCGACCGCGAGUCAUCGCAAUAUGAGUGUUUGCCUCAGGAGAGAGAAAUGCGAUCUCCUUCCGCAGCCCCAAUUGGGUUUUUGGCAAUCUAUGUUGGAGAGGAGAGACGAGGAUUCGUGGUGCCAACAAGAUACCUCGCUCAUCCUCUAUUCAAAAUAAUGUUAGAGAAGGCCUACGACGAGUUCGGGUUUAAGCAAAGUGAUGAGCUAGUGGUUCCAUUUAGUGUUACUACUUUCCAAGAGGUGGUAAAUGCUGUGGAGUGCUGCAAUGGAAGGUUUGAUUUUGGAAAUUUGGUUGAUGAGUUUAUUUAG